CAGAGAGAGACAGAAAAAGAGACAUGCAACAUAGAAAAGGUGGAGAGACUAUCCUCUUUUUGCCUCUUCAAGGUGAAGAUGUUCAACAUGUUUGUAGCACUUGGGAUUGGAUUUUCAUCAUUUAAGUUUCUUUAAGAUUUUUUAGGGAGUGGUUUAGGCUCUAAUUUGAGUGUCAAAGCAGUGGCCUUUGCUACAACGCUUCUGUUUCACAUUCCAGAUCCAAAUUCUCAUCCGUCUGCAUGUGCAGAUCCAGCCCUCAAACCACAGAGAUGACCCUCACGGAGGGUUCACUGAAUCUGAACCUCACAUCAACAUCAAUUCCUCCCCUAACAACCAAUACUUCUCCACCAUACCGAGAACCUUAUUUACACAGACUGGCCCACUUGGAUGAGGGUCUGUAUAAUGACUUUUACAGCCUGUGGAUAGCUCUGGUGGUCAUCAACGCCCUUAUCUUUAUGGUAGGGAUGACCCUUAACAGCCUGGCUUUGUAUGUCUUCUGCUUCAGGACCAAGCUGAAGACCACGUCAGUCAUCUACACCAUUAACCUGGUGGUGACGGACCUGUUGGUUAACCUCUCUCUUCCCACUCGUAUCAUAUUGUACUACAGUGGAGGAAAAUGCCUAGUCUGUUCCUACAUGCACAUAUUCAGCUACUUCGUCAACAUGUACUGUAGCAUCCUCUUCCUCACCAGCAUCUGCGUGGAUCGCUACCUGGCCAUCGUUCAGGCGGAGGCCUCACGGAAGUGGAGGAACCCAGGUGUGGCCAAAGCGGUGUGCGUCUGCAUUUGGCUAUUCGCCAUCAUCGUGACCUACUCGCUUCUCACGACAGCCUUCAAGCACUCAGGCUGCUGCCUUUCCAAACUCUUUGCACUGACCGUUUUUGAGUUCUUCCUACCAAUGGUGAUCAUCGUAGUGUUUACUAUUCGAAUCAUGUGCGCCCUUUCCAGCCCGGGCCUCAUGCAGCAGAGCCGUGACAGACGCAUGAAAGCCGUACAGCUGCUAUCCACUGUUCUGGUGAUCUUCACCGUCUGCUUCACGCCGUUUCACGUCCGUCAAGUUCUGUUUUACUUCCAUCCUGAUUUGCCUCAUCAUGUGAUUGUAUACCAUGUGACUGUCACCCUCAGCAGCCUGAACAGCUGCCUGGAUCCUGUGGUCUACUGUUUCGUCACUACUAACUUUCAGUCUACCAUGAAGAGAUUUCUCAGGAAGAUGGAAAGAGAGCAGACGAGCGGAGACAUUAUCAGCGUGCAGAAGAGCUCGAAGGCUUCGGGCACAGUGAUUGCUAUAGCCAGUAGUAUAAGGAUAAGCAUGAGCCCUGUCCAGCAGGGAAGCCAGCCUGCAUGAGGGAGCAUGUGCCAUGUGCUAUGUAGAGUAUUUAGAUGGUUGCCAUUACCAUGUCAUGCUAAUGCAAAAUCAGUGACAUAAAUGCACAUUUGUGACUUUGUUUCGAUGUGUACUGUAAUUACUUUAAUGUAGAGAUUUUAUUUCAAAUGUGACACUGUUAUGUUUGUAACUAUUACAACUAUGCAGCAAUGCCACCAUAAUGUGCCAUAGCAUUUUUAAGCUUGCAGUGCUUUAGAGCAGGGGUUUUCAAAAACAAUAAUGAUGCCUUCUUAGAGGUAGAUGUAUCUAUAUAGUGUGCGUAUGAAGACGCAUGAAGAUUUAUAUUAUUGCCUAUUAUAUUGUUACUGUACUGAAGCCAAAACAAAUUAUUAAAACAUAAUCUGGAAUAUAUUGUCUUUGUAUCUACUGUAUCUUUUUUCUACCAACAAUUAGAGUAAAAUUAGAUGUACACUACCAUUUCAA